AUGGAAUCUUUAAGUGGUCCACAACUAAUUCAAAAAGCUUCUCAACUAAUUUCUGAAAAUAAAUUGGAUGAAGCUGUUAAAGUUUUUAGUUUUCUUGUUGAAAAAUUACCCGAUGCUCAUUUACCCUUGUUGACACCUGGCAAUACUACUUUACAUUCGGUUGGAUACGCUCGAUUGGCAAAAUGUUAUAAAGAACUUGGUCAGGUUGAAGAAGCUGAAAAAUUAUUAAGAAAACGUCAAGAACUUGAAAAAAAAGUAAUAAAUCGUAAAGAUAUUAAAAAUAUGAUCAUCGAUUCAGAUGAUGAUUCCGAUGAUGGUAAUAUUGUAUUUGACAAAACUUCGAUAAAUGAUACCAAUACAGAAAAAUUAAGAUUACAAGGAAAUGAACUUUAUAAAAAACAAAAGUUUAAUGAAAGUUUGGAGAAAUAUUUGAGAGCAUUUGAAAUUAAUCCAAAUGAUUUAUUGGUUAAUUCUAAUUGUGCUCAAGUUUAUUUAAAACUUGGUAAAUUGGAUGAAGCUCUUGAUCAUGCCGAAACUUGUAUUCGUCUAGAUCCAAAAUGGGCUAAAGGAUAUUAUCGUAAAG